AUGGUACCCAUGAUCUCGAUGUGGAAUUGUGAAGGCGAGGAAGUGGUACAAGACGGCAUGCCUGACUCGUAUCAGCGCUGGGUCGCCAUCGACGGUGGCGAGCCUCCUGAAGACGAACGCUGGCGGGCGGUGCUGCGUACCGUUGAAUCCGUGCUGUCGCGUAAAGUCGUGCAGAUGGACGCUCGCACGUCUAGCUCCAGUCUGGUGCUCGACGUGCAAUACAAGGACGGCUCGCGUGAGAUCGUGCGUACGCCGCGCCUGGAAAACACGGAGGACGGCACGCAGGACCCGGCUUUCAUCGAGCAGUUCUGGCGGGAAAUCGCCCUGCUCAAGUGGCUCAAGAUCCGCUGCACGUUCCCGGUUCCCACCGUGCGCCGCAUCCUCGACGUGAGCGGCACCGAUUUUGUGUUCCCUGCGGCCGUCAUGGACAGGAUGCCCGGUGAAAUCGUGUUGAACGUGAUCAGCCGUCUGCCGUACGCCGACAAGGAGCGCCUCGUCCGCGCACACGCCGAUGUGGCGCUCGAGCUAUUCAGACUCACCGUCCCGCAGCGCAUCGGCUCACCGCAGUGCAGCUCCGACGGCGCCACCAUGGACGUCUGUCCGUGGACCUGUUCCGUCUCCAGCGCCUCCUCGACCCAUGUCUACGCCACACUCGAGGACUGGCUCGCCAGCAUGGUCGCGGCCAAGCUGGCGUCCGCCUCCGGGUCCGACGAUAACAAUGACACUGAUCUCGACCCGCACGUACGCCUGCGCCGCGAGCGCGUGCUGGAGCGCCUCGGCACGGCGCUUGCGGUCUUCUGUGCGCGCGCGGUGCGGCCUGCGCACCGCCGCUGCGUGCUCGCGCACGACGACCUCAACCACGCAAACAUCCUCGCGACGCCCGAGGGCACGAUAGCCGCAGUUAUCGACUGGGAGUACGCGUCGGUGCGGCCUGCGAUCGUCGCGGCGGAGUAUCCGCGCUAUCUGCGGUACAACGGGAUAUUCGACCCGAAGUACCCGUUCAACAAGGUGGGGUGGUACUUGGUGAGCCCGGAGGACGCGGCGAGCCUGUGCGAGCUGUACAGGGAGGUUGUGAAAGCCAAGGACCAGGAGUAUUGGGAGGCGCUUGUCGAGGGCGCGGCUCUCCGCGACACCAUGGAGUGGCUGACCAUGAGCUUGUCCACCGUUGAAAAGAUCGCUCUCCUGGAGGAGUGGAUAGACAGUGCGUUUGGGCGCGACUGA